UUUCCGUUUGAUUGAUUUCUAUAAUAAUAUAUGUACAGUCUAUUAUAACUAUAUUAAAAUAAUAUAUUAAGGGAUAUAAUAGUAUACAAUUUUUUGAAAGCACAAACAUUAUUAGGCAUACAAAUUUAUCGAUGUAUGCCGUAACGUUUAAAUUUUUCAACUUAUAAGUAGUUUACAAUAUCUUCCACGUGCUUUUAUAGAUAUACACUUCUAUAUAUUUUAAUCAGAUUGCACCUGCAGAUGCCAAGGUUGAUAUGAUAAAAGUUUGAGCAAUCAAGAUUUCCGCUAGCAUAUAAAAGCCCUGUAUUCACAUAUCGGUCACACUGUGCGAUACUACUGUACAACAAUCAUGAAGGUACUCGUUAGUCUGUUGUUGCUGUGCUUGGCGGUCGCCAUCAAUGCCUCCCCGAGAAUCGUGGGUGGCCACGAUGCUCCGGAGGGCAAGUUCCCCUACCAGGUAUCGCUCAGGUCUUAUGGCCGCCACUUCUGCGGUGGAUCCAUCAUCAACAAGCGCUGGAUCUUGACUGCCGCUCACUGCCUGCAAUACCAAUCGCCGUCUGUCAUUCAGGUCUACGUCGGUGCCAACAAACUUAACGGUGACAAACCUCAGGUCUACCAGGCCGAGUACCUGACCUACCACGAGCAGUUCAGCAUGAACCGCUUGGCCAAUGACAUCGGUCUGGUCCGUGUUGCUAAAGAAAUCGAAUUCAACGAGAAGGUUCAGCCCAUUGCUCUGACUUCCGUGGACGUAUCCAAGGUUGACACUCCCGUUGUUCUUAGCGGAUGGGGCAGAAUUAAGUUUGGCGGUGCUGCACCUAACAAUCUCCAGGAAAUCGACCUUAAGAUCGUUAGCCAGGAAACGUGCAGCCAGAACUGGAGCCCCACCUACCCCAUUUCCGAGUCUCACAUCUGCACCCUGACUAAGGUCGGAGAAGGUGCCUGCCACGGUGACUCCGGCGGCCCUCUUGUUGCUGACAAGGUCCAAGUUGGUAUUGUCUCGUUCGGACGCCCAUGCGCUAAGGGCGAGCCUGAUGUCUUCACCAGGGUCUACACUUUCCUCGACUGGAUCCAGCAGCAACAAGAAAAGUUCUACUAAUCACUUAAAAUAACUAGUUAUAAAGUAUGGAUAUGAUGACUACUUUCUAUGAUAGAAAAUCGUGACAGAAAUUAUUUAUAAAUGCAUUUUUAAUAAAAUACAUUUUCAUAUAA